AUGGAUCCUGUGCCUGUUCGAUGUCUUCUCAACAGCAUAUCUCGGUACCUUCAUCUGGUCGCGUGCCAGACCAUAAGAGUUAAUCCCAUCCAAACAUGUAUUGGAAAUGCUGUUCACUUGUUGAAGCUCUUGAAACCUUUUCUAGAUGAUGUUGUUGAUUGCAAAAUACCUUCUGAUGACUGCUUAAAUAGAGCCUGCGAAGACCUAGACUCCGUUGUUAACCAGUCUCGUGAGUUCUUAGAGGACUGGUCCCCAAAGCUGAGCAAGCUGUCUGGUGUGUUUCAGUGCGAUGUUUUGUUGGAAAAGGUCCAGACUUGUUCGUUGGAGAUUAGUCGCAUACUUGUUCAGUUAUCACAGUCAUGUCCGGUUACUACUACUUCAAGCGUACAAGGUGUUGAGGAGAUUGAGAGCUUUAAGCAAGAAAUCAGAUUGACUGAACUCAUGGAGAAUGCUUUACGGAAUCAGAAAGAAGACAUCGUUGCUCCUUUGGAUAAUCUACAUCUUGAUAACAUAAUCCAAAUGAUGGGGUUGAUAUCAAACCAGGAUCUGUUAAAGGAAAGCAUAGCUGUGGAGAAGGAGAGGGUAAGAUCACAGACCAGCAAGUCGAAAGAGAAGAUGGAACAGAUCGACCAACUGAUAGAACUGGUCUCCUGCAUCCGUGAACACAUGCUUAACACCGAGUUUCUUGAAGUGGCUAAAGGCAUCUCUGUGCCUCCGUAUUUCCGGUGUCCUUUGUCAACGGAACUCAUGCUGGAACCGGUAAUAGUAGCUUCAGGACAGACAUUUGACAGAACAUCCAUUAAGAAAUGGCUUGAUAACGGGUUAGCUGUUUGUCCCAGGACACGGCAGGUGCUGACUCAUCAAGAACUCAUCCCUAAUUACACGGUUAAGGCUAUGAUCGCGAGCUGGUUGGAGGCAAACAGUAUCAACCUUGCUCCUAGCUCUGUUCAUCAGUAUGACGGUGGCGAUGCUUCGUCCAUGGCUAAUAACAUGGGUUCUCUUGACAUUAACCGCACUGAGAGCUUCCGUUUUUCUCUACGGAGCAGCAGUUUUACCUCGAGGUCAUCUCUUGAAACCGGAAAUGGGUUUGAGAAGCUAAAGAUCAACGUGCCUGCCAGUUUAUGCGGGGAAUCUCGAAGCAAGGAUCUUGAGAUUUUCGAACUCUCUUCUCCGGGGCAGUCUUAUACUCACAGCAGGAGUGAAUCAGUUUGCAGUGUUGUCUCCUCCGUUGAUUAUGUUCCUUCCGUGACAAAUGAGACAGAAAGUCUACGGGGAAACCACCAAAGCUACAGUGUUAUGUCUCCCAAGAAAAGCUCAGAGAGUUCAAGAAACGCUAAUCAUGAGUGUAGUGCAGUACAGAAUUUGGAUGAUUCAGGAACAAUGACGACUCCACAUACCAUGAAACUGGUAGAAGAUCUCAGGAGUGGAUCUAACCAAGCCAAGACUGCUGCUGCAGCUGAAAUACGUCAUCUCACCAUUAACAACAUUGAAAACCGCGUUCACAUCGGGCGUUGCGGUGCUAUCAAUCCACUGCUGUCACUUUUGUACUCGGAAGAAAACGUAACACAAGAACACGCAGUCACGGCUCUUCUGAAUCUUUCGAUAAGUGAAGUGAACAAGGCAGUGAUUGCGGAAGCUGGGGCGAUAGAACCGCUUGUUCAUGUUUUGAACACAGGAAACGACAGAGCCAGAGAGAACUCAGCAGCAACGUUGUUCAGCCUGUCUGUUCUGCAAGUCAACAGGGAACGAAUAGGGCAGUGUAACGCAGCGAUACGGGCUCUGGUGAAUCUUCUUGGAAAGGGGACGUUUAGGGGAAAGAAAGACGCUGCCUCUGCUUUGUUCAACCUCUCGAUAACACAUGAGAACAAGGCUCGGAUCGUGCAAGCUAAGGCGGUUAAGUAUCUCGUGGAGCUGUUAGACCCGGAUUUCGAGAUGGUUGACAAAGCAGUUGCUCUUCUUGCGAAUCUUUCUGCAGUUGGAGAAGGGCGUCAAGCAAUCGUGAGGGAAGGUGGGAUUCCGUUGCUUGUUGAGACCGUCGACUCGGGAUCUCAGAGAGGGAAAGAGAACGCGGCCUCUGUGCUGCUUCAGUUGUGUCUGAACAGUCCCAAGUUUUGCACUCUGGUCUUGCAAGAAGGUGCAAUACCUCCACUUGUUGCCUUGUCUCAGUCUGGUACGCAGAGAGCAAAAGAGAAGGCACAGCAACUUCUGAGUCACUUUCGAAACCAGCGAGAUGCAAGGAUGAAGAAAGGUAGAUCAUGA